CUGGGUGAGCAGUCAGAGCCGCCAGACGAAGGUACCAGACAACUGGAUGCUGAAUGUCUGCAUAUGUCUAUCCCACCAGAAUCCCCGCUCGAGUCCACGGACCUACCUUCCACUCAAGAGCUACUCGACAACGCCCUCCGUCAGACUAUUUCACUUAGCAGCUCCUUUGGCAACGUUGAAGAAGAAGAGGAGGCGGCGGCGGCGGUGAGUGAGGAAGUGACAGACACAUAG